GUCUCCAUUUUUCUUUUCGUUUCUUCCAUCGAAUUUAAGCAGACAUUAUUUUUUUUUAGGGCAAAAAAAUGGAUAAAUGGCGUGGAAAAACUGCAAUAAUUACUGGUGCAAAUUCUGGAAUCGGAGCUACAAUCACGAGGAAUUUUUUGCAAAACGGUAUCAACGUAAUUGCUUGGGAUAAAGAAGUCGAAUUCCUUCAAGAACUUAAAGAGGAAAAAUAUGGCGGUGACAGUUUGACAAUUUUACAAACGGAUAUCACUGAGGAUGAUCAAGUACAAAGUUCUAUCGAUACCAUGGCUGAAAACAACACUGAUAUACAUCUUUUCAUUCAUUCGGCUGGAAUUAUUGAAAAUAAUUCGUUAAUUGAUGGCGAAUUUUCCGAGUGGACCGAUGUUCUUAAUACUAAUUUAUUAGGAACAUGCGUUUGCGUAAAAGCUGUUGUUAAUUUAAUGUUACAACAAAAUAUUAAAAAUGGUCAAGUGAUUUUGAUCACGAGUAAAAGUGGCGUUGAAGAGCAUAUAGGUCAAAGAGGUCAUUACUACGCUGCUAUUGAUAGAGGAAUAAUGGCUGCUGCUCAAGGUCUACGAUACGAAUUAAAAGACCGGAAAAGUCCAAUCAAAGUUACCACGCUUAAUGCUGGUCUUGUUCGAACUAAUUUAUUCAAAAGUGAUAUAGCAAAAGCGUUCUUGAACAUGGUUGUACCGUUGACAACAGACGAUGUGAUGGAGGGUAUUGAAUACAUCUUGAAUUCCCCUAGUAAUGUUCAGAUCAAUCGGUUAGUCAUCGCUGGACGAGGUUUCAUUAAACAGCAUCUGUUCCAAACUCCUGGUGAUAAGAUACACGAACGAUUAGCCAGGAUAAUAAAGCGAAGACAAUUAAAUUGAAAUUUUCAUCAGACAAUCAAAUUUUUUCAUUUCUAUACCUAUAGCCGUUUGGAACUUUUCGGUGAAUUCAUAUACCUAUACCUUCAACAGUUCAACUGCAAGCAGAAUAACAUCCUAAAAUUUAGAAUAAACUAUAAUUAGAAAACCAUAAGCGAGAUGUAAUCGAAUUUUUAAAUUAAUAAGUAAACAAAUAAAAUAAUACAAUGCAAGCUAGGUAUCUAUCUAAACGAUAGAUAAGGCGUUGUAUUGAAAUACAAUAAUAAUUAUAGGUAUUUACUCUGAAUAUAAUUUUUCAGCGUUCAUAAA